GACAGGUUUUGAGAAAUCUUCCACUAUCCAUUCCCCAGCACUGCAGGACGCGCACUUUCCCUCCAUUCCAUUGUGUCACACAGAAAUGCUGCAUCGGCCCCGCCCCACAACACUACUCCCGCAACCGAUUGGAGGGUGCAGACGCGGACUGGAGGCCCUGAGGGAGCGUGCGGUGACGUCACAAAGGGAUGGGCCGCUGACCCGUGACGUCACAAGAGCCAGGGAAAAAUUGACAGAGGGGAGGGGCCGAGCGCACGGAAAGCAGAAUCAAAACAACGAGACACGCCUUCUCUCCCUGGCAGCCAGUACAGCCACCCAUGUCCCCGGGCACUGUGCACUCUAGACCGCCACUGCCCGUGCCCACUGCCGCCUUCCUUCCCAGCUAGACGGGCACCAUGCAGGCCGGCGGGGCGAGCAGCUGAAGGCUCUGUGCGCUGAACCGACUGCGGGCUCCGCAAUGCCUAACGUGAAGAAUAGCAAGGGCAAGAAGAACAAGCGGGCGAACAGCAGCGGAGAUGAGCAGGACACCGGAGCCACGGCGGCGGCAGCAGCGGCUGUGGCGGCGGGAGGCAUAGGAGGAGGAGGAGGCAUGGCAGCAGCCACAGCGGGAGCCGCAGCCGCAUCCGCAUCGGCGCUCACUGCAGCCUCGGCGGUAACGCCACUGGCAUCGGCCGCAUCUUCCAGUGACUGCAGGAAUGUUCAGUCAGCAAAUAUUGGCCAUGCGUCAGGAUUAUCAUUCUCUCUGGCAGAAGCUGCUUGUGCCACUCCGCUUAUUUGUAGUCUAGGUAGACCUGUGGACCUGGAAAAAGAUGACUACCAGAAAGUCAUUUGUAAUAAUGAGCACUGCCCUUUCAGCACAUGGAUGCAUCUCCAGUGCUUUUAUGAAUGGGAAAGCAGUAUUCUUGUGCAGUUCAAUUGCAUCGGCAGAGCACGCAGUUGGAACGAGAAACAGUGCCGCCAGAACAUGUGGACUAAAAAGGGGUAUGACUUGGCUUUUCGGUUUUGCUCUUGUCGCUGUGGUCAGGGCCACUUGAAGAAAGAUACUGACUGGUAUCAGGUAAAACGAAUGCAGGAUGAAAAAAAGAAAAAAUCUGUUCCAGAGAAGACCACAGGUAGAUCUAUGUCUGAGUCCUCAGACGAAGUAAAGAAAUGUCGUGGGUCUACAAAACCACAAAAGGGGAUAAGCUUUGAUCCUCCACGUAGACAUUCUGUGGACAGACAGAACUCCCAAGAAAAGGGCAGUGUCGGUUCACAUGGGCUACGCUCUCCAUGUAUUUCUCCGGGUCAGUCCCCACCUGCUGGCUAUCCUAUCCUCUCCCCUUCCCACUUUAAUGUUCCCCGCAGUUCUAGAUACCUAGGUGAAUUUUUAAAGAACGCUAUUCAUUUGGAACCUCACAAGAAAAGUAUUGCCUCUGGUGGAGUGCUCAGGAACACUCACUUUGACUACAGUAUUUCUGGAUUACAGGCGCAUAGGUCAGGGCGCUUAGAUGCACCAGUGCAAUUUCUCCGGAGACUUGACCUUUCAGAAUUAUUAGCUCAUAUACCAAGGCAUAAACUGAACACUUUUCAUGUACGUAUGGAAGAUGACGCACAGGUUGGACAGGGUGAGGACCUACGGAAAUUUAUCCUAUCAGCCCUCAGUGCUAGUCACAGAAAUGUAGUCAACUGUGCAUUAUGCCAUCGGGUUCUCCCUGUAUUUGAGCAGUUCCCACUAGUGGAUGGAACGUUAUUUCUCAGCCCCUCAAGGCAUGAUGAGAUUGACUAUGAUGUACCUUGCCAUCUUCAAGGAAGACUUAUGCACUUGUAUGCUGUCUGUGUGGACUGCUUAGAAGGUGUUCAUAAAAUCAUCUGCAUUAAAUGCAAGUCUCGGUGGGAUGGAAGCUGGCAUCAACUGGGAACAAUGUAUACUUAUGAUAUUUUGGCAGCAUCUCCAUGUUGUCAGGCCCGGCUGAACUGCAAGCAUUGUGGGAAGCCGGUCAUCGAUGUUCGCAUUGGAAUGCAAUAUUUUUCUGAAUACAGCAACGUUCAACAGUGUCCUCACUGUGGGAAUUUAGACUACCACUUUGUGAAGCCAUUUUCCUCAUUCAAAGUACUAGAGGCCUAUUGACGACAGCUUUGUUUUAGUAAUAGCCAUUUUAUAGGUAUUACUACUUUGUUACGUAUCUUUUAUAGUAAAUAUUCUGUGAGAAAAUCACUUUUGUUUUCUAAUUCUUAAACUAUUGCAGCAUUUUUUUUCCUUUUGACUUACGCUACUAAAUCUUGUACACAGUAUUUACAAUUUCCCGUUUUUCAGUGGGAAAUUUAACAUGGAAAUGUGACGGGUGAAUGUAAGUCUACGCCAGCAAAGUGUAUUUUUUGUCUUGUUGAAGUAUUUGGGGGCAGUACUGUCAUUUCUAUUUAUAUUUUGCCCUGCUAACUUAGCACUUAAAUGGAAAAAAAAAUCCCUUUCCACCAAAGUAAAUUGAGAUAUUUUUUUUAAAAUAAAUUUGAUAUUCUAAGCCAUUUGCUUUUUUUGGUAAGAUUUUGAUUCUUAAUUUUUUUUUUUUUAUCUAUUUAAAAUGAUAUACUUAAAUGAAAGUUAAUUCCUUUAAUCAGAGGGACACAAAACUGUCAUAAAUUGUUAGACUGAGAUUAUUCUUUUUCUGUUUUUGGCAUUAUUGUUAUUGCCCCAAUUAAUCUUUAAUAUCAGUGCAAUAGUGUUUUGAGUAAGCAUGUCUUACAGUAUUGUGUAUUCAGCUCCUAUGCAAACCUCUGUGUAUCCAUGGUUACAGCCUGCAAACAAACAAGGGAUGCAGAGUCAGUAAGGCAAACUUCUUACUCCUCUUAGGCUAGGAUUCCACUUUGUUUUUUAGCCUGCGUUUUUUUCAUGCCAGUGCAAUUUCCUGCAUCUGACGUUUUUCUGGUGUUUUUUGCAUUUUGAGUUGAAAUUGCAUUUUUGGCCCCUUUGGCAUUUUUUUUCAAAAUGUGUUGGGUUCCAAAAAAAAAAAAAAAGAUGCAGUAGAGAUGGGAACAAAUUUAAGGAAAUUUCUAUUUUUAUAAUGAACUUUUAAUACAUUUUUGUGUGAAAGUGUGUUUCACUUUUUUUCUCUCAAUUUUUUACAUUUUUUAGGUGGUACUACUACUGCCAGCAUGGUACAGACUGUUCCAUGAUAGGAGUAGUAGUACCUGUACUAAUAGACAUAUUGCCCCGGGUGUCAAUCCUGACACCCGAUGCGAUCGUCCAUAAUAUAGCAGAGAUGUUGAGCGGCUCUAUACAGGGCCUGCAUCUCUGCUCUGUUCUUUAGGACGGCCAGUGAUGUGAAUAGAACACCACUCAUUCAUAUUUUCCGCCCAGAGUGGGGAUUGGCCGGAUGGUUGAAGCCAAUCACAGCUCUCAGAGGGAAAUAUGGAUGAGUGAUGUUCUAUUCAUAUCACUGGCCGCACUAUAGAAAGCCACUCCGCAUCUCUGAUA